AUGAGUGGUUUUUACAAAGGCGUUGGUGCUGAACAAGAAACGUUAUAUACUAGUGCUGACAAGAAAUUGAUGCGAAACACGAGAUUUCCACCUAGCUUUGGUACAAAGGUGGAUAUGAAAAAAAUAAAUAUUGAGGUACUAAAGCCCUGGAUAGCUAAUCGGUUAAUCGAGCUUAUAGGAUUUGAAGAUGAGGUAGUGAUUGAUUUCGUGUAUAGCAUGCUAGAAGAGGCUGUUGAGGCAUCGAAAAACACCGAUUCCCAUAAUGAGUCUGCUUUAGAUCCUAAAAAAGUUCAAAUAAAUCUCACGGGGUUUUUGGAAAGCAAGGCGCCUGAAUUUACGGAAGGGCUAUGGUUAUUAAUAUUAUCGGCUUCUCAGAAUCCUUAUGGGAUUCCUGAAAAGUUCAUCCAGGAAAAGAAAGAAGAACUUUCUAAACUUCGGAGCCAAAGAGACGUUUCGGAAUCUGAAGCCAGAAAAGAGAUUGAUCGCUCUUUACAUCCAACCGAAGAGCGUACUUCCAGAGAAGAUCGACAGUGGGAUACUAGAGAACGGUCUAAAGUGCGACAUAGACGAGAACCUCAAAGGUUUCCACGAAGAGAAAUUCGCGAAAGAUCAUCCUACGAGAGAGAAAGGUCACCACGUCGACACCAUAAAAGCAGGCAUGAGGCUGACCCCCAUGAGCGUCCCUAUGCAGGCCGCAGUAGUUCACGAAGCUAUCGUUCUUCUCAUCAUCCAGCGGGUGCUCAUAAAAGACAUGAUGAGUUUGAUGAGUUCGGAAGAUCAAGACCUGAAAGGCGGGACUCUGACUACUAUUCCAAGAGACACCGUAGUCGUUCACCUUAUGAGGGUGAAGAAGAAAGGUUUUCUGAGAGAUAA